AUGCCCAAUCCUGGUGGUUUUCAAGGCCUUCGAAAGGCUUUUCUACUAGAACAAAAGCCGCUAUAUGCAAGGGCUGUCGAACAACAGCUAGUUUCCGAAACACUAGCUGAUAUAAGUCGACGAUUUUUGAAGAGAUUUCCUCUGGAUAAGCCAGAGAGCUGGGAACCUACUGAAGAUGAGUUAGCUGCUGUUAAAGACGAUGAAGCAGAGGAAGAAAUUCCGGAAUGCGAUCCUGAAACCCUUUCACCGGAAGAACAGGAGAUCUUAGGCAAGCAGAAGAAAGAGAGACAACAUCGUCUCCAGACCUUUCGUGGCACUCCCAAAGCGUCAUCGGCAAACAACGAUGCCCAAAAUCUCUUCACACUUCUCCUCCAACAACUAGUGGGAAAAGAACCUAAUCGCCCACGGUUGAAGACCCCGGUGAACACGUGGAGAAAGGAAAAGGCCAAUCGCGAUGCCAUUGAGGCAGAAAUUGAAUCGAUGGACCCACUUGUUCCAGUGAAGUUGCUAGCCAAGACCCGGGACGAGAUUGCAAGGCGACUUUUCCAGGAGUUGACUUCCGAAGAGAAGAGAAAAUGGACAAAGAUAGCAUCAGAUGAGCAUAGUGAUGCAAUGGCAAAAUACAACGCCGACAUAGAUAUUAGUGGGGAAUCAUUGACUCCGGAACAACGUCAACGUGCUAUUGAAGGAAUUGGACCUUUUAUGACCACUAUCCUUGAUUCGCUCUGCCAUAUUACAGGGUGGAAGUGCACAUUUGUGGCCGGUGGGCCUGAACCUGCAAAUGGGGGGAUGUUGGGCACUAUCAGCGUUCAUUCAGGAGUUACUUGUGGAGAUAUUCAGAUGAAUUUUGGUCGUGCAGAGCGAUUCAGGUACAAGACCAUUAUUAUUCCGAUCUUCGGUGAUUUUCUUCGCAAAUGCUACUCAAAAACUCAAUAUAAAGAGUGGGCAUUGCCACAAGAUCAAGAGCACCUUCCGAUGGCUAGAUCCGAAGCCUUCAGAAAUGAAGACGAAUCAAUUCAGGCCAUUCCAAUUAUUGGAUCUGAAAACAUGCCUGUGUCUGAAUCAGUAGCUCGCACCCAAAAAAAGAAAUCUAGAAAACGAAGGAAUGCGGUUCCUACUUUACGUCAGGUUUCUCCAGCCCAACUGUCUCCUACAGCUGAAAAUGAAGAUUUGGUUGACGUGGACUCACAAAGCCAUUUGAAGGGGCAUAAUCCCUUUCCGGAAGACUGGCCGUAUACGUUGGAAGCCGACGACGACAAUGUUUCCGGAAAUGAAGGCAGUAAUGGAGAAAACUCACCACAACCUUCACCACCACCGUCUCCAGCUGCUCCUCCCUCAGUGCCACCAUCUCCGUCCAUUCCUCGUUCUGUGCCACCAUCUCCUUCUGCUUGUGUUUCCGCAACACAGUCUCCUAAAGCAAAUCUGGAACACGGGACUAACCGCCCUAUGGUUGAAAAAGUGGUAUCCCCAUUGGAGAAUACCUCUACCCCGACAUCGAUAAGUCCACCUGUUGGUUUGCCGCCUCGUACCAACCACCCAUCUGUCGCAGUAACAAACCCAACAAACGCCGCCUCUACACCUACGUUGGUAACAAACACGCCAAAUACAAUUUCGAGAAACACAAUGGGAGUAACCACAGCGAUUGAGGCUGUCUCGAAAACGUCUUCAAAGCGUAAAAGGGAUUCAAAAUCAAAGAUUUCCUCCAAAAAGCGAAAGGCCAAUACUAGAAGUACGACUCAAACAUCUGCACCUCCACCGACAUCUGCACCUCAACCAACAUCUGCACCACCACCGACAUCUGCACCUCCUCAAACCCAACGACUGACACGAAGCACCGCUCCUACUGCUGCUCCUGCGCAAGCAAAAUUGCCGCCGAUGCCAACAACUUCGGUUGUCCUCACCCGAAACGGUAAACCUGUCAAGAGUUCGAAGUUCUGGGUAUAUGCGGAAGAUGAUAGCUAA